AUGCAUACUGUAGGUGUGUAUGGUACAUUAGUGAAAAUUGAAGCGAAAUCUUUUACGUAUAAUUUAAUACCACCCGAUUAUGAUUAUAUUUUAUUAAUCGAUACAGAAGGUUUAUUAUCUAUUGAGAAGGGUGAUGAACAAUAUGACAAACGUUUGAUCCUCUUUUGUUUGGCUAUAUCGCAUUUAGUUAUUGUAAAUGUAAAGGGUGAAAUUAAUGAAACAUUAAAGCAGAUGCUACUGUUAUGCACACAAUCUCUCAAAUAUCUGGGGGAAACUCAUAUAACUCGAUCGACAGUUCAUUUUGUUCUUAAUCAAAGAUCUGAUCCGAAUAAAGCCAAUUGUGAGCGACAAUUGAAAAUCAUUCAAGAUGAUUUAAUAGCUCAUGGUCUCAACAAUUUAAUCGAUCUUGGAGCGAAUAAUUUCCAUAUUUUGCCGACAGCAUUCAAUUCAAAUGAAUUUGAAGAUCCGAAUGUAAAAAACUGUGUAACAUUGUCAACCAAUAUUAAAUUUGUUACAGAUGUUCAAAAUUUAUGUAAACUUUUUGUUGAUUUAUCAUUUAAAAUAAUUCACGAUACUGGAAAUCAUUUUUCUAUACCAACCAAAUGGAUUGAAUAUGCAAAUAGUGUAUUUCAAAUUAUUAAAAAAUAUCCCGAUUUAACUUAUUUCAAAGAUAUUUUUGAACGAGAACAAAACAAUAAAAUACGACAGGAAAUUCGAAUAGAUUUGGAAAAGUAUUUAUCACCAACAGAAGCGCAAUUAUUGAUUAAUAAAGAGAAGACAAAUAAUAGAUAUUACAUUCAAGAUUCAUUUCGGAUUGAACAAGAGAGAAUUUUUAGAAUUCUUGAAAAGAAUCUCGAAGAAAAAAUAACUAAGUAUGCCGUAAGUGAAAAUGUUCGUCAACGAUCAAUUCGUUUUCUUCAAGUUCAAGUAGCUAUUCAAUUCCGUUCAUGGGAGGUGUCAGCUAUUAUGGCAGGUGAUCGAGAUAAAUUAAAUAAAAUGAUGCAAGACAAUGAUUCUAUACUUCGACAAUUUGCAAUCGAUACACUGAGUGAAAAUCUUUCCAUUGAUAGGAGCUCAGCGGUGGAAGAAUUUGAGACGAUGUGGAAAAAUCGUUUUGCUUCGAUCGAAUCAAAAUUCGAUUCAGAAGUUCAAUGGAAACAAUCGAUUGAAUUAGUUUGUCGUCUUUAUGAUGUUUUUAAUCAAGAUGCUCUACCAUCAUUGGAUAAUAUUCUCACUUUUCUACCAUUUCUCGUGACACUCGAUAGACUCGAUGAAACAGAUGUUCUUCAUGAGAGUUUAUUGAAAAUUCGUAAUGAAUGUACAUGCAAAGCAUCGAAUAUUAAUUUUCUUGUCUCACAAUCGACAACGAAUGUUUACAAAAUUUGUCUUACUGAUCUACAGAAACAGUAUACAUAUCUCAAUAUUUAUGAGUUUCUAGUAAUACCCAACGACAACGAUAGUAAAAGCACAGCAAAAAGGUGGAUUAGGUCAGAUCUAUCCAAAGAUUUUUGUCAGGAGAUCAAUAAUAAUUGGCAAACUAUUGUUCGAGUGUCAUAUUGCUUCGAGACAUUUAUUGUUUCUGUACAUGAAAUUUUUAAAUUAAAAAUUAACGAUGAACCUUCAACUGGAAUAAUACUUCUACAAGAUAUAUUGGGAAUAGUUAAUAAAUUAAUACAAGAUAUGAAUCAAGAACUGAAUAUAUUCAAUGUUUCAAUAUCAAAAAGUUUUGAAAGCAUUCUACACAUUUGUGCUGUGCUAUCAAUUGCUCUUUUCUACUAUCAUCAACAGAAAACUCAUUUUAAUAGUAUAAUUAAGUCAAUAGAGCAGAACAAAGCCAAAUGGCAACAUUGUUUUAUUCGUAUGGUUUCAAUUCAAGAGAAUGAUAAUGAAAAUAUAGCUAAUGAUCUUGUCGAUCAAUUUCUCGAAAUAUUGUUUCAAUCAUUUGAUCAACAAAAAACAGAAAUACAUCGAAAAUAUGUUGAAAACGAACGAGCUACAUUGAAUUGGUACUAUAUUAUGAAAGAGCUCGACAAUGAAGUAUAUGAGGCUACAGAUGAUUGGCUUAUGCGUUAUGUUCUUCAUCCAACUGAAAUAAUCAUCGAACGAUUUGAUCAACGAUGGACAAAACUCGAAACAAAGAUUCGCCAACAAUUCAACAUCUAUAUGAAUUCACAUUUAGAAACAAUAGAUGAAUUCUUUCACGUAAUAAAAGGAAUCAAAAUUUCUUUGAAAUUAAACGAUGAAAAUGCAUUGACUUUAGUCGAUGAUAUUUUCGAGCCGUCUAGCAAUAGUUUCUAUUCGAAUCCGUUCGAUAAGAAAUUAUGUAUGGCUAAACUUAUUAAUCAAUAUCUUUCAGGAGAACCUAUUCCAGCGCAGAUAACUGUUAAAAACGAUGCAACUUAUACACUUCAACGAAAGUGGCAAGAAAUUAUUAAUACCAUGCCGUUAUUGAGUGAUCAACUGAAAGACAUUUUCCGUUCAAUGAAGAGCACAUUUGAAACGUAUACAAUCAUUUAUACCAAUACUUUUCUUGAUAAAAUUAUUAGUCAGCAAACACAAAAAAAAGAAGUCUUUCGAACUCGGAUGACUGCUUUUGUUGAAAGUAGUUGUUGUAGCACACGAGAACGACUACAAACUCAAUUACGAGGGUGUCAAGCACAGUGUCCUUGUUGCAAGCGUUUGUGUGAUGUCGAUCAUCGAUUGAACAAUGCUAUUCCUGCAGGACAAGGAGAGAAUAGGCAUCAAUGCCAGUCUGGUCAUCAAAUACGAGGAAUGAGUGGUAUACGAUAUGAAUUGACAAAUGAAGCGUCAACAUUAAGAUGUGAAAUGAUCAAAGACAACGAUGCUAUUGUUACUAGUAGAGGUAGACGACAGAAAUGGAUAGAUUUUAAAAAUAUUCAUGACGAUUGGAAUUUUGGAGAUCCGAGAAUUCGAGAGAUUCAAAAUACAUCCUGUACUUAUAUAUGGAGCAGAAUCGGAGAACAAUUAUGUCAAAAUUUUGGUAAUGGAAUGAAAUUCGUCAAACAAAACAGUCCGCUUCCGACAAAUCAUUUUAUUUUUCUGCUCGAUCAUUCUGGUUCUAUGAAUCAAACUAGUUCGAUUUCUAAAAAUAUAACUCGUCAAAGAAAAUUAACACCUUGGGAGCAUUUGCUUAAAGCAGUCAGAGAAUUUAUUCAAAUUCGAAUUCAAAAUGAACAUCAUACUGAUCAACUGACAUUUAUCGUUUUUGGUAGAAGAGCAAAACGAGUUUAUGAUCGAGAAAAAAUAGAUCACAUCGAUGUAGAUCGACUCAAUAUGUCGAUGUCAACCUGUGGCAAAAGUACAAAUUUUAAUGCUGUAUUUAACAAGCUCAUCGAAACGCUGGACGAAAUUAGACAUGAUCCAAUGUGCAAUAAUUUUCGACAAAUAAUCAUCUUUCUUACCGAUGGAGAACCUUAUUUUUAUCCAACAUCUGAAUUAGAAUGUUUAUCAAUGCAUUACAAAUCAAUGAUUGCUCAUUUCUGGAUAAUGGGCCUUGGUAAUUAUAAUAAAAAAAUGCUUCACAAAAUAAGUGAAGAUAUGCAAGGCCAACUGAUGGACAUUAAAGAGUCGGAAGAUCUUAUAGAAGCAUACUCUGAGAUUGCUAACGAAUCUUGA